AUGACUCGAACUAAUCCGGAGGUAGUUCUCAUUGUGGGGAAAGAUGCAAAUGUUAAGGGCAAAGCAGUUGCUGAACUUUCCCAGCAGCUGGACAGGGAACGUGAACAGUGCACGCAGCUGGAAGCCAAAAACCAGGCUUUGCAAGAAGAGCUGUCUGCCCUGCGUGGGGAGUGCGAGAACCUGGCCAUGGACAAAUGCCAGCUGCAAGAAGAGCUGGCAAAACUGCAGCAUCACUUGGAGACCAACGUGGUGGAUCGCAGCCAACUAGAACAACAUAAAAGAGAGGUGGAAGAACAAGCAGACCAGGAAAUAAGGCAAAAACUCCAAGAAGUCAAUGAGUUUUUGCAAGCACAGGCAGCCCACCAGGAAACAUUAGAAGAAAUCAGAAGCAGUCAUUUGGACUCACUGAAAAACCAGCUGGAAGACAGAAUUAGAGAUCUUGAAUGUGCACUGGGAAGGAGAAAAAGCAACCAAGCAGAAAGACCUUUUCCAGAAGAAUCCACCCAGGCAGAAGUGGACAAGUACAAAGAGCUGUAUCUGGUGGAAGCCAAAACCAGAAAAAGCCUCGCCAAGAAACUGGAAAGAGCUAAUGAGAGACUUGCAGAGGCCAACACCAAGCUCCUUUGGGAGCGCCACAGAAGCAGAUCUGCAGUCCCAAGCAGCGCCGUCAGCGGACACCUGGCUGCAAGUCCACUUCUGGAUUCACCUGGCCUGGGACAUCUUGGCAUCAGUUUGGGGCUGAGCAGAAGCCUGGGUCUCAGAACAGCACCCAGACACCUGUGGUAAAGCUGAAGACAGGAUGCUCCAAAGGGCCACGGCAGACCUCGAUGAAGAAGGUGGGAUCUACAUCCCAUAUCGUACCCAUGGAAGCCCUUUCAACCUAAGGCGACUGAAGGCCCACACCAAGACCUUAAACCAUCUUGUCCGGGAGCUGCUUUACGCUGACGCCGCCGCCCUCGUGGCUCACACAGUGGCAGCUCUGCAGCGUUUAACAUCCGGCUGUGCUGAGGCUGCUGAGCUCUUUGGGCUGGGCGUCAGCUUGAAGAAGACACAAGUUCUCUAUCAGACCGAGGAGGGGGCCUUUGCCCACGUGGACGAUGACUGGAAAUACGACACCCAUCCAGACCUUUCCCAAUGCGCAGAUGUUACCGCGUGGGAAGAAGACGUGACACCCCAAGAGCUCUACCCAUGGGAAGAAGAAGUGAGUCCAACAACGUUCCCAACGAGGAGCCAGAAGACACCGAGAGCUCUACGAAUUUGAAGGAGAUGGGAGAGUCCGAGAACUUUCCCAGUGGUGGGAUGGGAGACACCCAGAGCUGUACCAACGGGAAGAAACUGUGAGACGCCAGGAGCUGUACGAAUGGGAAGAAGAUGGUGUGAGAUACCAGGAGCUGACCCGAUGGGAAGAACAUGUGACAGUGCAAGAGGUGUCCCAAAGGGAAGAAGAAGAGACCUAUCAAGAACUGUCCCAAUGGGGAGAUGUGGCAGUCCCAGAGCUGUCCCAGUGGGAAGGUGAGAGAUACCAUGACCUGCCUCGGUGGGAAGAAGAUGUGCAAGGGCAUGGACUGUACCAAUGGAAAGACAAGAGAGACCCAGAGCUCUCCCAAUUGGGAGACAAGGCAGACAAGGAGCAAUCUCAGGAAGAAGACUACAGUGCCCAAGAGCUGCCCCAAAGGGAAGACAGGAGUGAGAAAAAGCUGUCCCAGUGGGGAGAUGAUGUCGGUUACAGCACCUGGGACAAACCCUGGCGCCCACUGAACGCUGGGGACCCUCAGAUUGUUCCCCAGGAGGGGCCCGGCUCUGCCAGCAGCGUGGGCACCGAGGUGGCAGCAGAGGCAGCCCGUGACCUGCCCAGUCCAGCUCCUGCCCCGGUGAGUGCCACGGACACCGAGCCAG